GUUGGAAGAGAUCUUGACGAGAAGAUAACAUGUGCAAGUGAAAGAGCCUUUAUUAGAUUGUCUAAUCUUCAAUUCUUAAGAACUAAAAGAGAUGGCGUUAAUCUACAAAGUAUGAAUUACAUAUCCCGAAAACUAAGAGUACUAAGUUGGCCAAUGUUCCACAGGACAUGUUUUCCUUCAAGUUUUAAUCCAACGUUUGAAGCCAAGCUAGAGAUGCCAUUUAGCAAGCUUGAAAAAUUGUGGGGAGAAACUAAACCGCUCAAUCUCAAGUGGAUGGAGUUGAGUUAUUCCAAUUGUUUGAAAGAGCUUCCUGAUUUCUCAACUGCCACUAAUCUAUAUGAACUGGAUCUCACACACAGCUCAAGUCUGGUGAAACUAUCUUCCUCUAUUGGAGAUGCAAUUAAUCUCCAAAAUUUGAAUCUCAGUCAUUGCUCAGAUCUGGUGGAGAUCCCUUCAUCUAUUAUCACUAAUCUCAAAUCUCUUGAUUUCUAUGGAUACUCAAGUUUGGUGGAGGUUCCCUUCAAUAUCGAAGAAGUCAUUGAUUCUAUUUACAUUAAUCUCAGUUAUUGCUCAAGUAUGGUGGAAGUCCCUUCCUCUACUGAAAAUGCAAUUAAUCUCCAGGAACUGAAUCUCAAUGAUUGCUCAAGCCUGGUGGAAUUUCCUUUCUCUAUUGGGAAUGCAUUUUAUCUCCAAAAACUGAAUAUGAGUUAUUGUGCAAGUCUGGUGGAACUCCCUUCCUCUACUGGCAAUACAGCUAAUUAAUUUCGAAAGACGUGAUCUCAAUCAUUGUCGGGUUGAACUCCCUUCAUCUAUGAGAAAACUUGGUGGAUUGUCCGAACUGGAAUUAAAGGAAUGUUCAAAGUUAGAGGUUCUUCUGGCCAGCAUCAACUUGGAAUCUCUAGGAGAAGUCAAUCUCUCAGAUUGGUCUUUGUUGAAAAAUUAUCCUGAGAACUCCACAGACGUUCAAGAGACUGAUCCAUGGAUCGGGAGAAUAUCUGGUCUACGUAAACUUGUACAAAGCGGAAUGGAGAAGCUUGAAUCACUCCCACCGCUUCCGGAUUCACUAUGGGCACUAGAUGCAGAGAAUGGUGAGUCCCUAGAGAGAUUAGGUAGCUCCUUUAGGAACCCAGAUAUCAAUCUCAGCUUCCUUAACUACUUCAAACAAAAUCAAGAAGAGAAAGAUCUCAUCAUCCAGACGCCGAGCAAUGAAUAUGCGGUCUUUCCUGGUGAAGAAAUGCCUCAGUGCUUCACUUACCGAUCAUCUGGGAGUUCAUUAACUGUGAAGUUGAAUCAAACUCCUCUUGGCACAUCAACCAAAUUCAAGGCUUGCAUCGUAUGUGCUGGUGAGGACGAAAAGGGCUUUACAGAAUGGGAACGAGCAUCUGUCUGUUGUAGCAUCACCACGUCAGGAGGGAUCUCCCUCAGUUCUUGUCUUAAAACAAUAGAACAGUUUUUGCCGGGACAUCUGUACACAUUCGAGUUUGAGGUUGAAACAGAUGAGGUGACUUCCACUGAGCUUGUUUUUGAGUGCGAGGUUGACUAUGCGGAUUUGAUCAAAAAGGGCAAAACACUGGAGAUAAAAGAAUGUGGGAUUAUGCUGGUAAACAUGAUUGAGAGCUUCGGAGAUGACAACAGUAGCGGAGCAAUCGACGGAGCUAGAGGGUCAGCUGACCCCUAUCAACUCUUGUAUUUUAUUUAAUGUAUGCAUUUAAUUUAAUUAUAAUAUAGUACUACAUUUGAUUAGUUGGUUCAUUUUUAGUGGCUUGAUGUCUUUGUUAGUUUCGAAGCCUCCAAUACUAUAUCUAUUGUUAUGAAUCUGAAACAAACCUUGAAGAUUGAGCAAUGUACGCAUCAUACGCUCCACGUCCACACUGUUAUGGUCGUAGAUCGUAAGUCUCUGUAAACUCCAAAUCCUCUGCUUUAUUGAACGUAUCAAACGAAUAAAAAAUUCAUCAUUCUUAUAUUCAUUGCCAAAAAUUCGAAAACUCACACACUGACAUUUCAAAUCUCGCUAGCUCUCUUCCCUGGAGGAAUUAACACAUAUCUUUUUCUCUGGAUUUGGUUUCUAAAAUGCCUGUCAACGGAAACAAUACAUUUAAGAUGAGGAAUAUUCCGGCGAUGCAAUUUAUUUUCUCAUUUUAUUAUCAGAGAUCAAUACAUUUCAAGCUC